AUGAUACCUUGCUUUGGUGAUGUUUGUCAUUUGACUGCCGAUUCACCAGAAUCACAGAGCGUCAGCAUGAAUGUUCCAGUGAAGUCAAUCGACAGGUGGUCAAGAGGAAUCCGCCGUCGUCUUCUGGUGGAAUUGACCUUCGAAUCUCUUCACCAAACACUUUCACUUGAAAUGGAAGUCACUCCUUUGCGUGAUCUAGGCACUUUUAUUCUAGCUCCGGGUUUGAUAUACGCCAACGCCCUGGAAUCAGCUUUCUCCACCAUGGAAACGGCAGCUGUGGGUGGCAGAAACGCUGCUCUCCUUGUUUCUCAUGAACAUCUCCGUAAUUCCAGCGAUUUCACAAAUAUCAACACCCAAACGCGUCCUUCGCAGCGACCACUUCUUGAUCCUGUUGCUUUGUCUCAGCAAAAACCCUUCUGA